AGUGCCAGCAGAGAUGACAGAAGCUGGAGCAAGGACAGCUCAGUACAGUCCCAACCUAGAGAAAUAAGUCACAGCACUCACCAGGAUCACUAUGGAGUCUAUGGAGUUGGGGGACUACAGCAAUUAAAAGGGGAGACACCCUUUAAGUUUUUUUUUAUUCAAAAAAAAAAAAAAAUCUUGAUUUUUCCUUUUCUUUUUUGGUCUGAGUGAAUUGUUAUGAGAGACACCAUGUGCGGAUCUGUCAUGGAAAGGACUAUGUGAGGACAUUAAGCUCGGGACUGUUGGGAUUUAUGGUUGUCAGAGGAGAAUAAAACAAGGGGGAUUGUACUGAAUCCUGAUGAGGGGAUGUCUCACUUCACCUGCUGCACACUGACCACAAGCUGGAUGUGGGAGGAAUAAAACAAGUGCACUUUUCUUUCUUCAUUCAUCUAUUUCUUUUUCCUUUUCUUGGUCCUGGAGAUGAUUGUUAUCUUGUUGCUGGCGUGCAUGGUGGAUGGGGUGCUGUGCCAGCUCGCCUACAAGGUUCAGGAGGAAAGGGACCAUGGCACAUUCGUGGGGAAUAUCGCUGAGGACCUGGGCUUGGACAUUACAAAGCUGGCUACUCGGCGCUUCCAGACGGCGCCCAAUUCCAGGAGUCCUUACCUGGAGCUGAACCUGGAGAACGGGGUGCUCUCUGUCAAGGAGAAGAUCGAUAGGGAACACAUCUGUAAGCAGAACCCAAGCUGUCUGCUCCACCUGGAGGUCUUCUUAGAGAACCCUCUGGAGUUCUUCCGUGUGGAGAUCGAGGUGCUGGACAUCAAUGACAACCCACCGGCUUUUCCCGAGCUAGACAUCCAGGUGGAGAUCUCAGAGAGUGCCACCCCGGGUACCCGCUUCCCCCUGGAGAGCGCCUACGACCCAGACGUGGGCAACAACUCCCUGCGAACCUACGAGCUGACUGGCAACAGCUUCUUUGCCCUGGACGUGCAGACCCAAGGAGAUGGCAACAAGUUCGCCGAGCUGGUCCUGAAGAAACAGCUGGACCGGGAGCAGCAAGCCUUACACAGGUACGUCCUGACCGCCAUGGAUGGUGGCGUCCCGCAGAGGACCGGCACCGUCCUUCUCAUUAUCAAAGUCCUGGACUCCAACGACAACGUGCCGGUCUUCGAGCAGCCAGUCUACACCGUCUCCCUGCCCGAGAACUCGCCCCCGGGCACCUUGGUCAUCCAGCUGAAUGCCACCGACCUGGACGAAGGUCAGAACGGGGAGGUGGUGUACUCGUUCAGCAGCCACAACAGCCCCAGGGUGAGGGAGAUCUUCAGCGUGGACUCCAGGACGGGUCGGAUGGAGGUGACCGGAGAGCUGGACUAUGAGGAGAGCAGUAUGUACCAGGUGUAUGUCCAAGCCAAAGACCUGGGGCCAAACGCUGUGCCAGCUCACUGCAAGGUGCUGGUCAAGGUGCUGGACCUCAAUGACAACCCUCCCGAGAUCACCUUCAGCACGGUGAAGGAGGCGGUGAGUGAGGGGGCCCCUCCGGGCACGGUGGUGGCGCUUUUUAGCGUCAUAGACAAGGACUCUGAGGAGAACGGGCAGAUCCACUGUGAGAUCUUAGGGGACGUGCCGUUCCGGCUCAAGCUGUCUUAUAAGAACUAUUACACCGUCGUUACAGAUGGCACCCUGGACCGGGAGCUGGUGUCAUCUUACACGGUGACGGUGAUGGCAAGGGACAAGGGCUCGCCACCGCUCAGCUCUACCAGGUCCAUCCAGGUGCAGGUGGCCGAUGUCAAUGACAAUGCCCCUCGUUUCACCCAGGCGGUGUACAACGUCUAUGUGACCGAGAACAACGUCCCGGGAGCUUACAUCUCAGCGGUCAGUGCCACCGACAAGGAUGAAGAAGACAACGCUGACAUCUCCUACUACAUCCUGGAAUGUGACAUCCAAGGCAUGUCCGUCUUCACCUAUGUCUCCAUCAACUCGGAGAACGGCUACCUCUAUGCCCUGCGCACCUUUGACUACGAGCAGCUCAAGGAAUUCAGCUUCAUGGUAGAGGCAAGAGAUGGGGGAAGCCCUCCACUGGGCAGCAAUGCCACCGUCAAUAUAGUCAUUGUAGACCAGAACGACAAUGCCCCUUCUAUAGUCUCCCCACAAGGUCGCAAUGGCACUGCCAAGGAGCUCCUUCCAAGGACUGCCGAGCCUGGCUACCUGUUCACCCGUGUGGUGGCUGUAGACUCCGAUGAAGGGGAGAAUGCCAGGCUGACCUACAGCAUCCUCAGGGGCAAUGACAUGAGUUUGUUCCGCAUGGACUGGAGGACCGGGGAACUAAGGACAGCUAGAAAGAUCACCAGUAAAAGAGAUCCCCAUAGACCCUUUGAGCUGGUGGUAGAGGUUCGGGACCAUGGACAGCCGCCACUCUCCUCCACCGCUCUCAUUCAGGUCCAGAUAGUAGACAGCUCCGUAGAGAGACAAGGAGGGGAGCAGAGGCCCAGCAGCCGCUCGAAUGACACAGCCUUAGACCUCACCCUCAUCCUCAUCAUUGCCCUAGGCUCAGUCUCCUUCAUCUUCCUCCUGGCCAUGAUAGUGCUUGCCAUCAGGUGUCAGAAGGAGAAGAAACUCAACAUCUACAGCUGCCUGGCCAGCGACUGCUGUAUGUGCUGCUGCUCUUGUUGCAGCAGGCAAGCCAGAGCCCGCAAGAAAAAGCUCAGCAAGUCAGACAUCAUGCUGGUGCAGAGCUCCAACGUGCCCAGCGCUACCCAAGUGCCAGUGGAGGAGUCUGGUAGCUUCGGCUCCCACCAUCAUAACCAGAACUACUGCUACCAGGUCUGCCUGACCCCAGAGUCUGCCAAAACCGACCUCAUGUUCCUCAAGCCCUGCAGCCCAUCCAGGAGCACAGACACCGAGCACAACCCCUGCGGGGCCAUAGUCACCGGCUAUGCUGACCAACAGCCUGAUAUUAUCUCCAAUGGCAGCAUCCUGUCCAGUGAGAAUAAACAUCAACGCACUGAACUCAGUUAUCUAGUUGACAGACCACGACGGGUAAACAGUUCUGCAUUCCAGGAAGCAGACAUAGUAAGCUCUAAGGAUAGUGGGCACGGAGACAGUGAGCAAGGAGACAGCGAUCAUGACGCCACUAAUCGAGGUCAAUCCUCUGGUGCUGACUUGUUCUCCAACUGCACAGAAGAGUGCAAAGCUUUGGGCCACUCGGAUCGCUGCUGGAUGCCUUCUUUUGUACCUUCCGGUGAUGGCCGCCAGGCGGCAGAUUACCGCAGUAACCUUCAUGUGCCCGGCAUGGACUCAGUUCCGGACACUGAAGUGUUUGAAGCACCCGAGGUGCCUCCAGGAGGGGAGAGAUCUUUUUCCACAUUCGGCAAAGAGAAGGCAUUACAAGGGCUGUCGGGAGUAGGCAAUGGGAAUGGAGGAGGUAGUACGCAGGAGAGGAAGGAGCUGGAUGGCCUACUCUCUGGCACCAGAGCGCCUUACAAGCCACCAUAUCUGAGUGCCAAAACAUAAUAAAAUGAUGGAAUGUGACUGUCAUAGCACGAAAAAGGAUAUGCUAGUCAAUUCUACUGGACUGAAGCAGCAUGAUUUGCACAAGUUGACCAACAAAAACAUCAACUUAAUAGAAUCAUUAUCUUGGCCAUCUAGUGUGGAAUCCCAGAAGGAUUAUAAGUCUGCUGCUGAAUACAUGUCCAAUAUAAGGACCUUUCUGCUCUCAGCAGGCCUGAGAAAUGAGUUGAAAUGUGAAGGAGAACUGUUGAAACUGUGGAGGCGACGGACUUUGCCUCACUUAUCAGUGUGUGCCUGUUUACAGCACUAUAUAUCUUUCUUUCUCCAAAACAUCACUGAGCCCUUUAGAUGUUUAUAGUCACCACAAGAAGCCAAUCGUACAGAUAGAACCUGCAUUACAAAUGCAAUAUCACUGUUUUAAACUUGACUGUUUUAUAUUAUUUUUGUGUGAUCAAGUGUUUCCCAGAUUAUCCAAACUUUACAAGAAAGAUUGUGAUCAUGUUUUUUUUCACCCAUGGGUCAUUAAAAAAGAAAAAAAAUAUUGUUUAUCCACUGACCCAUGGAAUCUCAGAAGACAUUAUGUAGUUUAUACACCGUGUUGCAAAGUGUUUACUGUACUAUUUCAAAGCUUCUAAAUAAAUAUAAAAUAUAUAUAUUAUAUAAUUUUCUGAAAAAGUGGUACAAUUUAGUUGAUUUAUAAAUGAUUUACAACGCCCAUGUAAUGAAAACAUAAGAAAAUUAUUCAGGUCCUAAAUUAUUUAUUGUUAAUAUAAUUAUUAAAUAGUGUUUCAUAAUUAUAGAUCUGGACCAAUUCCUGUUCUCCAUGUCAAAAGAAGCUGUAGGCUACAUCAAUUUGUAUGGAACUCUAAAUACCAAAGAUGCAGCUUUCAAGAUUGAGCACUAUGACCUACUAAGGCAUAUUUUGAUCUUCCUUAUUUUAUCCUGUGGAUUUUAAUUUUACAAGUAUGUUUUAUAAAAAAAAACUUAAAAUAGGAUUUGAUCUGUAAAUGUUGUUAAAAACAACACUGGUUAAUGUGUACAGUUUGAACUUGUAAAAUAUGUAUCUGAAGAUUACUAUUUUGAAAAACUAGCCCCAAAUCAUAUAACUUACACGUAUCUUUCUCUAGCAUAGUUUUGUGGAAACUUGAAAUAUAUACAUAUAUAUAUAUCUUCUAAUCUUGCCUAGAAAUGUUUUUUAAUAGACAAAUCAUGAAACAUAGUGUUUUCAAACUCAUUUUUUACACAGCAAGAUUUAAAGCUAGGACCAUUUCACAUAUUAAACACUUCAAUAUUAUCGGUGUGUAUGAUAAUAUUUUUUCAUGGCAAAAUUGUAAUAUAUCUAUAUAUAUAGAUAUAUAUAUAUAUGAAGAGUAAUAUGUUUUAUUAAAGACAAGUGGCUCAUAAGGACAAUCAUUUUAAAUUUAAUUUUUACUUCCAUGUCAAAAGGUUCAGAUAUCAUCAAAAUAUUAAAAUGUUAUUAUUUUUAUUUUAUUUUUUCACAUUCUAGUGUGUUUGUUGUAAUUUUUGCCAGCGUUUACUUUUUAUUUGUGUCAGAACAGUUGUCAUUUGCUAGAUGUCAAACCAAACGCAAUGUAUUUUAAAAGGCAAUAGCUUCAAUUUAGUUAUUUGUUUGGAUUUUUUUUGUGUGAAUUCAAUAAGUGAGCAAGCGGCUCAGGCUUUUAAAACCAGCAUCUUUCUUUUGUUUAUUCAGCUUUAGAACAUUAGGCAUAAUUUAAUUUGGCUAUACUUAUAUACAAACAUUAUUUUGUGGUUAUUCCUUAGAAAUGGGAUAGGUGGUGUGCAAUGUAUAGCGAGUGAAUGACCAUUUCAUCCACCAACGUUGAUACUGCAAUCCAAUGAGUAAAAUAAUAAACAACCAACAUAAUCACUAAGUAAAUGAUUACUUAUACAGGUUUAAUGUAGAAAGUGUUAACUGAUAAUGUGCAGGGUAUGUUUAUAGGUGACAUAAAGAGAAUUAUGAAAUAUCCUUUGAUCCAUAGACUUGUAUUAACUUAUUUUUGCAGUAGAGUAUGGUGAAUUAAUUUGCUGAUUGUAUUAAGUAAUCCAUAUUAGUUAUUUUCAACUCUGCUGUACCAUGCUUGGCCACUUUAAAUUUAGCCAGUGCAUCAACUAAAAAAAGCAGCAAUUGUUGGACUACUCAUUGAAGAAACAUGUUGUAGUUGAUAUGUGUUGGUUUUCAUUAAACUAAAUUAUUUUGUUAAAUAGACAGUAAUAUUUUACUAAUAUGUAUCUUACAAUACCCUCUGUGCUUAUGGACAUCCUUUCAUUCUGUACCUCUAAGAUGAUCUAGAUAAUGUAUUUUUAAACAAAUAUGUGACCAAAAAACUGUAAGAUAGUAGGGGCCAGCUUUAUGUGAUUCUUCAUGUUAUACAUAAUGAUGGAAUCUCUACUUAAUUAACUACCUUAAAUUGUAUUACUGCUGUAGACAGCUCUAGAACAUAAUCAUCUACCUUAAUGAAGUGUGGCACACUCUGGUACCCCUGCCUCCAUGUAAGCCAUUCCAAAAAAUAUAUAUUUCAUAAGAACAUUGUGGACAAUAAGUUAUCAAACAUAGUAAGCUGGUUAUAAAGAUGUCUAUGUCAGUUUUGGGCAAACCAUCUAAACACAUUUAUUUUAAAGAUCUUGCUUAGAAUAGGUUUGUUUUCCAUGAAUUUGGGUUAAGUGGCUAAACUGAAAUGAUUUGAAAUGGCGUAUUUUGGAUGAAUAUGUAGCUGCGCAUGACCAUUUAUAUAUCAUUUACAUAUCACAGCACAUAGAACCAACUUUUAAAUGGUCUGCAGUCAGCCUGUCUCUCAUUCUAAUCAAUUUUCUAAAAAUUAUUUAUAGUCACUCAAAAAACACCAGCUGUAAUGUGGUAGACAUGAUUGUCUGGUUAUAAUUUCUAGUGUAGCACAUUGUCUCACUUGUUAUCAUACAACAGAGGCAUAAAAACUCAUUCCUAUUCUAGAAAUGUUACCACUAGAAUAAUAGUAUCCAGCUGCAAAAAAGGUAUCACCAGUAUGACUGUAUAGGUUCUAUGUAAAUAAUUAGAAGUACAUUUUUGUGGUUGGUCAGGUGGGUUGCAUUUGUUUUCUUCAUGUCAUCACUUCAAACAAUAUAUUUUCAUUUUAAUAGUUGGACCAAAGGCAUCUGUCAAGCAAGGUUCCUUAUCAACAUGUUGUGUUAAUCAGAAUUACUUAUUAAAGGGAAAUCAUAA